CAGCUUUACCGAGUUCCGUUAUUAACAGUCAGGCCAUUUUCACUCCAUUCAAAAUUGUUAACAACUUCUCCUCUUUCGUCCCGAGGCAUCUUCCCCGGAUUCAAAGUGACACUAUCCCCAAUGCGGGAACUACUCCUACUCCACACUCUUCCUGCCCUGGGACGAGACUCCAGACCUCGGCAUGUGGUCCCUCCUUUGCCAUCGCGAACCAUCCUUUUAACCUCUUUCCCUGUAAAACCCCCUCUCUAUCAGCUGAUCCUUUUAUACCCCGGAUUUCUUCUCCAACUUGCGAUUCUCUGUUUCUUUAUCAAUCAAUCUUGCUCCUAAUUUCACCACCAGAAGCAAGAAGCCAGUUCUCUUCAGUCGCGACACGAUAGCAUCAUUUAGACAAGACAACACAGACAAGCAGACACCAUGGCCUCACCACAGAAGCUCCGAACUCCCAUCACCGAUCUUUUCAAGAUCCAACACCCCGUCCUCCUCGCAGGCAUGAACGUUGCCGCCGGCCCUAAGCUCGCUGCCGCUGUCUCCAACGCUGGUGGUCUCGGCGUUAUUGGUGGUGUCGGAUACACUCCUGAUAUGCUGCGCGAGCAAAUCGCUGAGCUCAAGAGCUUCCUUAACGACAAGAACGCUCCCUUCGGUGUUGAUCUGCUCCUUCCCCAGGUCGGCGGCAGCGCCCGCAAGACCAACUACGAUUACACUAAGGGUAAGCUCAACGAGCUCGUCGACAUUAUCAUCGAGGAGGGCGCUAAGCUCUUCGUCUCUGCCGUCGGUGUUCCCCCCAAGGCUGUCGUCGACAAGCUCCACGCCAAUGGCAUUGUUUACAUGAACAUGAUCGGUCACGUCAAGCACGUCCAGAAGUGCCUUGACCUCGGCGUCGAUAUCAUUUGCGCUCAGGGUGGUGAGGGUGGUGGCCACACUGGCGAUAUCCCCACAACUGUCCUCAUCCCCGCUGUCGUGGACAUCUGCAAGAAGCACAAGUCUCCUCUCACUGGCGGCCCCGUCCAGGUCAUCGCUGCUGGUGGUAUUCACAACGGCCAGCUCCUCGCCGCUGCGCUCAUGAUGGGCGCUGGCGCCGUCUGGGAGGCUGUCCGCACAUCUGGCCAUGACGACAACAUCCGCACCAUCAUCUGGACCGGCCGUCCCAUGCGUGUCCGUAACAACGACUACAUCAAUGAUUGGGAGACCAACCGUCAGGCCGAGAUUAAGGAGCUCGUCUCCAAGGGUGUUAUUCCCUACGAGGCCGAUCUCGACAAGCUCGCCGAGGCUGCUGGUGAUAAUGAUAGCGACGACGAUGAGGAUCUGUUGGACAAGUACCGACCUUACCUGAUGGGCAAGUGCGCUGCUGUUGUCAACGAGCAGAAGCCUGCCAAGGCUGUUGUGGAUGAGUUCGUAGACGACGCUGUUGCCUGGUUGCAAAGGGGCAACAAGAUGAUUGCUAAGCUGUAA